GAUGCUUCUUUGAACUGUAUUUUCAAUUUGAUGCUUUUUAUUCUACCAAGAUUCAGUCUUUCUUUCCUUUCCCAAAUAGGAUUAAAAUGGAAGCUUUAAAGCCCUCAAUAAUGGCCACGAGAAGGAAAUUAAAGCAAGCGUCUUUGAUGUGGAUAGCGGGUUUUUCGGAAGCCUGCUGUCUUCACAGGGUUGUCAUUCUCUGUUGCAGGUCGACAAAGCUUUUGAUUAGAACAGGGCAGUGUUUUCUAUUGAAUGGGUUCAUAUUUUUAGGAAGUCUCUUUGUCCUAAACUCAGUUGUCAUCCCAAUACUGGAAUGGAUAUUACCUGAUCGGUGCUCGGGGAGUAGUUGUCAAGAACUUUCCUUAUUGGGUGGUAUUUUGAAAUUCUAUUCCUUCUUGCGAGGUGGACUUAUACAACUCUUUUAUAUAUUUUGGUUCUAUCCCUUGUACGUCUUCAGCUUUGUUCUCAGCAGUAUCUGGUAUAAUGACAUUGCAAAGCUUGGUUUUGAUGCGAUGAAGAAUCCCAAGCCUUCUGUAGCAGAACCCUCAAAACAAAGUGAUGCAUUGACCUUAGAAUAUAAAGGGAAGACAGAAAGGCCAACCAGUGUUGAAGGGUAGUGCUGAUUGUCGGCAAUUGUUUUUUAAAUUAACAAUUAUACUUCAUUCCAAAUGUGGAAGCUCCACUUAUUUUUCUUUUAAUUUUUCUGCAGAAUCAUGAUUGGUAUAGGGGAGCAGGUCUAUUCGGUACUUCUUUUAACAUUCUUUUUCCUUGAGGUUUAUUGCACAGGGUUUAUACCAUUUGUUGGAAUGGCACUCAAUUUCCUACUUCUUUCAUGGAUGUAUGCGUACUAUUGUUUUGAGUAUAAGUGGAACUUUUCUGAAGUAAGCCUAGACAACAGGCUGAAUUUCUUUGAAACCAACUGGGCAUUUUUCGCUGGUUUUGGAAGCCCUUGUGUUCUGGCUAUUUUCUUUGUUUCUCCUCUCGUGAGCUAUGGGAUUAUGGCCAUUCUCUUUCCUCUGUUUGUUCUCACCGCAACAGGAUCUGCAGUAGAGCAAGUAAUUACAAACCAAAAAAGGAACUGGGGAGGUGCAGAGCUGGGGAGGCUUCCAUUAUUUUUUGCUGCACAUAGUUUGUCAUUGUGGGUGUUGUCGCUUAUCCACUUGGAAUCUCAGGAGAGAACUCAAGACAAGAAGACACUAUAAACAAAGUCUAGCUCAAUCCACGCACAAUUUUCUACAGUAAGUCUAUCAAAAAUGUCGGUAUGGACACUUUCUUUGACAUCAUCACCUCAUUAUUAAUGUCACUGUAGGUUUUGAACCCGUGAUUUAAGCCACAAGAGUUCCAUUCAAACAGUCAUUACCUAACAUGGUGCGACAAUUAUCUUUCACAGACGGGAUCAAUGCUGAUAUCUUACAGACAAGAUUGAACAAGAAUUUCACUCGACAGGACAGUUUGAGGGAAAAACAUUAUCUGAGGAAUCAUUCUGUAUCAUGUGUACGUAAUCAAACAUCUUUAACAAAGGCUCUUCACUGGGAAACAUGCACAGCUCCUCGAUCAUUCGGUUAUAAUACAUCUUGUCUCUGUUUACAAGCUUGUAUUUAUUACUGAUGAAAGUUUGGAGUGAGGAAAGUUAUCCCAAUAGCCAAUCUAAGUUUAUUGAAAAUGUGUUUGCUAGUCCUAUGUAGGAGUCCAUCAUUCUGAAACCAUAUCGUUUCAGUGUACACUUUUCAAAAACUACUUGAUUUAGUAGACUGAAUGGUAUAUAUCGAGAAGACCCUAGUUUGGGGAUAUGUAUUUAUUUAACUAUGUAUAUUUUUGUUAGCAAUGUGUUUGUGUAGAGAUCUUUUUCAGAAGCCAUAAAUAUAUAAUGAAAAAUGAUUAACUGA